AUGGACCAUCUACCCCUCCCAGACAACGUUGAUGACCACCUCAUCGUUCCAUACCUCGAGGGUAUUCCAUAUGAUAACCAGGGUUUCCUAGGUUAUGAUAUCCGUGCAGGAUGGGACGUGCAGCGACUACGGCAGGGCAAGAUCCUCGAUGCCCGACAGGACUGGGAUGAUUAUCAUCGAGUUGCACUCGGCUCACACGCAGACGCCAGGUACCUCGCAGAUGGAAAUCCAUUCGAAACAAUGAUCGGAUCAUUUAUUCAAAACUGGUUUAUUUACGGUAUUUUCCAAGUAGUACUCAAGAGACCCAUCCACCGGGAAGAAGCCGUCCUCGAACGAAGCGACUUGAAUGGAGUGCAUUUCAAAUGCUUGACUACAAAAGCCUUAUUCCAGGAAUUCACGUCAAGGGCCCAUGAGCUGGCUGCUACUUACAAGGACUGGAUGGCGACCGUGAGCGAUUGCUUGAAGCGCUGCGCGUGGAUUCUCGAAGAUCUGGAUACGUGGAUUGAUGACAUGGACGAGAUUCUCGUCCCAGGACCGACGUAUCUGGCGCUGGCAUCGCUCGUCCAAACCAUGGACGAGUACAACGCGCUUUGGUUUGGGGUGGAAAAUUAUCCCUUGACUGCACAUAUGAGUCGCGCGCGCUGGCUUGAGCAGCAUGUUACAAGUGACUUGGAAUGGUGUCCGGCUCGCAAGUCAAGAAUCCACGCCGAUGUGGGCAUCAGUGGUCUCUACUAUGCGAGCAUCAUCCCGAAAACUGGGAGAGAAGCUGACCACACCGCCUGCACUGGUUCAAUGUGUCUCGCUUAUAAUGUGUCGGACAAUGCUGCAUACCUGCAGUGCCACCAGAAUGCGUUCUGCAGAUGUGACGUGCCGGGAUGUUUGCACGAUGACCCCAAAAGCUGCCCAUGUAGAAUGAGCUGUAUCGAAAAUAUUGGAAAUAUAGGAGAGCGAAUCCGUCAUGUGGUUUUGGAGGGCGGAGUUCCACUCAUCUCCACUGAUAGAUCAAACGGCUCGGUGAGUCUUAAGAUUACACCUUUCAAGGCCGGGCUCAAUUAUGUGGCGAUAUCGCAUGUCUGGAGCGACGGGAUGGGCAAUCCGUUGCAAAACAUGAUUCUAUCAUGUCAAGCUGAAUACCUGCAACAAUGUACAUGUGAAGUUUUAGGGCUCUUGCAAGAGGGCGAGGCAGCACACUUCUGGCUGGACACUCUCUGCGUGCCCCUAACGCCAGACUCAGCCAGGUGGGCUGCCAUCGAAGGGAUGCAUCGAAUUUACUCCAACGCAACAACCGUCCUCGUCCUGGCGGAAGAACUCAUGACCUGCGCACUUCCCUCGUCCAUUGACGAGAUUGUCAUGCGAAUUGUCCAGUGUAAAUGGAUGACACGGCUCUGGACCAUGCAGGAGGGUAUACUUGCUCGGAAUCUGAUGUUUCAGUUCCGCGGCAAAGCCAUCCCCUACUCCUAUCUUAUGAAAUGGCAUAAUCAAUCACUGAAACGGAUUCCUCAAGUGUCACACAGGCCAGCGCAUAAAGGCUACGAUACUAUUUCGUCCAGACUCUCCUUUGAAAGCAACCCAAACAACACGCCAGCGGACAGACUGCGCUCUUUUUGGUGGUCAAUGCGUCACCGAACCACCUCCCGCCUGAGUGAUCAAGCCAUUUGCGCAGGGAUCCUCUGCGGACUCGAUUUGUCCAGGAUUCUAGCAGCCCCUUCAGACCAGAAAAUGGCCGUUCUGUGGCAAGAGUUUAAGCAAGUUCCGCUGAGUAUGCUUUGGCUGACGGGCCCGCGUAUGCAAACUGACUCCAUGCGCUGGGCUCCAUCCACGCUGCUGGAUCCCCAUACCUGGGCGGUACCUCCGAAGAACACCACUUCUGUGGCAAGGGUUUCCGAGGAAGGUGGCCUCUAUUUCUCCGGAGUUGAAGCCCUCGCUUUACCGGGAUUGAAGCGCCCGACCUCAAACGACAGAUUUGUCGCCAUUCAAGUGCCUCCGGAAAUGGGCACGUACCACAUUUUGAUAGUCCAAGAUCCUGGGAAUCCCCAGUGGGACGAGCUUGAGGCCCACUGGUCCAAUGUCGCUCUGCUCUGGGACAAAGAGGCACAACCGAUCAUUGAGUUCUUCCCUGGCGUACUCGUGUCGGUGGUGACCGAGGAACGCGAUUAUGCUUCUUUGAUCUCAGAUACUGAUUUUGGAGGACGCGAAGAACGACCUAUCCAUGCGAACUGGCUGACUCAAGUGACGAUUUUAUCUCAGGGUGAGAAUUGGCGCGAAAUGGUGGCAAACUUUCCAGCAGCCGGCUCCGAGACUGACAAUUCUGUGAGUGAUAUGUUGGACCCUGCGUCCUAUUCAGCUGAAACUUUGGUCAUUCCAGCAACACGGCAUUGGUGUAUUUCUUGA